CUGUAUCCUCUCAUUCUAAUGCAGCUACAGAUAUUGUGGAGAAAGAUGAUGAGAUAGCUAUGGCUUUACAAGUUGAUGACAUAAAUGCUUAUUCAUUUCUCUAUCCAGUGCAAUUACCUUCUAAAAAGUUUACAUUCAAAUGGGUGGAAUCUAGAAAGCCAGAGCGUUAUUCGUCAGCUGCACCACUAUCUCCUGAUGCUCGCCAGCGUAUUGUGUCCGAGCGAGUUGACAUGAUUGAUAAUGUUGUUAUAUCUGUUUCGAUUGGUCCUCCCAAUUCCCGAUUCCUAAAAUCCAAGGAUAAGAAUACAUGGAAUGCAAAAGAUGUCGCUGAUGCUCUCUUAUCCGACAAAUCUUCUUUGCGUAUCACCACUGGUCAACGGAUGGCCGAAAGUUCUGUUCUUGAUGCUCAUCGCACUGAUGUUGAUGGUGAGCCUUACUGGUAUUACGAAUAUAUUAUUCGAAAAUCACCCACUAAAUCUGCUCAGGACACAAACCUUUAUAGGCAAUACCUGGCCUCCACUGCCGAAAGGGAUGGGUAUCUGUACUCUUUGAGUGCUUCUACACUUAGCAAACAAUGGAAUGUUAUGGGGCCAUACUUAAAGAAGACAGUGGAGUCUUUUCGCCUUCUCCCACCCACUGAGAACUAUGUCCCUCCAUACAAGGAUCCAUGGAGAUUUUGGUGACCCGUUCCUGAUAAUGUCAAUGACAGGGUGUAAAUGCAUGCAAUACAUGAGCCAGGUCAAAUGUGAUUGUUGUAUCAAUUGCUCUAUAAGUUCAGUUUGAGGUGAAUUUGUCAUGAUUUGGAUGAUAAAAUCCAGGUUCAGGAUGGAGGAUAAUAGUUUUUUGAGAAAAACUGUAGGAUCGAGGAUAAUAGUUUCUUCCUCGAUCUUGGAUAUAUACCAAAAGACAUGCUCUGAACCAGAAUGUUUUAUACUUCUUCUUGUUGAUGGUGUCAUCUUUUGAAGUUAAGGGCACUUUUUGCCACAUUAUAUUCAAGAAACAAGGAGCCAAAUACGUGACUUAGAAACUAGCAUUAGGUCGGCUGUGUUUGUGGAUGUUAUGAAUAUCUCGUAUCCCCGUUCUUCAUUUUUUUUUUUUAAUAUAUAUAUUUGUCAGCGGGGUAGAGGGGAGUGGUAGUUCAGCUGUAGGAAUCAAACUUGAGAUAUAGUGCUGCUAAAUGUCAGCUGCUAACCAUUCAAGUCCAAGCCGGAUUCCUAAUGUGCUUACAUCAUUGGAUUUGCAUAAUUUGCAACAAGCUAGAAGACUAGAGUGAGAGCAUGUUACACAGAUGCAGGCAGCAUAUCUAAAACAGAGUUGAAACUUUUAUACACUCACUGAGAGGGAGAUAGAGAGAGAGAGUCCUGCCAUAUUUGGCUAGCUAAUAGGGUAUUUGAAUGCCUGGUCUUUCUUUCUGCUGCAAGAGCCAUUAUAAUGAGAAGUUAUCAUUAGAGUGAGAACAAGAAUUUUU